CGCUCCCAUUCCAACCUGGAGUUUUAAAGAGUUGCACAGUAGCCGUCGUCUGAAAUACAACUCCCGUAUUUCUCGCGCAGUGAAGAGUUUUACAAAAGUACAUAAUAUGCAGAAACUGCAAUCCGAAUCAAGUGAUUUGUAAGCGAAAAACAAUCGGGGAAACGUUCAACGAAAGCGGUGAAUGUUCUCCAGCUAGCAUUCGCUCUUGGAAUGCACAUACUGCAGCAACCAGUGUACGACUGACUGCCUGCUACCACCCACACCCCCAUCAUCCCUGGACCUGGAACUGGAUGGACCUGCGGAAAAAGUUAAUGAUUGGGGCGAGACGUCUCGAUAUCGCGAUACAUGAUCAACCAGGAGCAUAAUACAACGCCGCCAUACAUUACAGUACAGCAAACGGUCUACGGGCGUCGUCGCGUGUUCCGUCAUCAUGUGGAGUACGGCAGCCACUAUGGAACCCAAAGUUCCUGAUUUGUAUGAAUUUCUGGCAGAAGCCGAGUUACAGCAGUAUUACAACUCGUUGAAGAACGAACUCAAGAUAACCAACGUAACGCAUCUAAAGUACGCAACUGAUGAGGAUUUGCGGCAAGUCAGUGGCCUGUCGCGACCGGAAAUCCGGCGUCUUCGCAAGUUUUAUGACAAGUAUUACCCGCACGGCUAUCUGAACAAGAUCCGCCGGCUGCUACAACCGCCCCGCAAAGAUGAGAACAGUGCCAGCAGUCCCACGUCCGGGUUGGAACCGCUUAAAAUGUGUCCCUCGCCAAGCAAGCUGCCGAACAACAAGCACAUCAUACCGCCCGAUGCGAUCUGCGUGAACAAGCAGCUCGGCACGGGCGAGUUUGGCAUUGUCCAGCAGGGCGUGUGGACCAACGGGUCCGAACGCAUACAGGUGGCCAUCAAAUGUCUCUGCCGUGAGCGCAUGCAAUCCAACCCGAUGGAGUUUCUGAAGGAGGCUGCCAUGAUGCACUCGAUCGAACACGAAAACAUCGUCCGGCUGUACGGUGUGGUGCUCGAUACGGAGUCGCUAAUGCUUGUGACUGAACUGGCGCAUCUGCGCUCACUGCUCGAGUGCCUCAAGGAUCCGGGUCUGCGGGUGAGCUUUCUCACCGUACCCACGCUGUGUGAGUUUUCGGCCCAGAUUUGUAACGGCAUGAUGUAUUUGGAAAACAAGCGCUUCAUCCACCGCGAUCUGGCCGCCAGGAACAUUCUCGUGUUCAGCAAGAACAAGGUGAAAAUUUCCGACUUUGGACUGUCGCGAGCGCUCGGCGUCGGGAAGGACUAUUAUCAAACGAAUUUCAACGUGAAUCUCAAGCUGCCGAUUGCGUGGUGCGCACCGGAAUGUAUCAACUUUUUGCGCUUCACACACGCGUCCGACGUUUGGGCGUACGGUGUGUGUUUGUGGGAAAUAUUUUCGUACGGCUUUCAACCCUGGGCCGCACUCACCGGCCACCAAAUACUGGAAGCCAUCGACGAACCGCACUACCAGCGGCUGGAGAAACCGGAAUGCUGCCCAAAGGAAUAUUAUGCCUUGAUGCUGAAAUGCUGGCAACACGACGCCUUAAAGCGGCCCAAGUUUAGUGAGAUUUUCGCCAUGCUGCCGGACAUAAAGCCCGAACAACUCAAGACAAUCGUAGCGUUCAGCGAGCAGAAGAAGGAUUAUCUGAUGUACCGCCAGGGGGAAAUAAUAACCGUGCUGGACAAAAACAAUAACGCACCGUACUGGAAGGGGGUGCUGAAUUCGGGCAAAACGGGACUGUUCAAUCCGGCCAAUACGGUCGCGUACCUGGACAGCUUGCCUUCGUCGGUGAAUCGGGACAGUUUCUGCAGGACGGCGGAAAGAUCCAGCAGCAAGCGUAAGAUACGCACCGAUAUGAUCUCACGCCCGCAGGACGAUCUGAAGCACACCGGGCACGUUGGGAUCGAUGGAGUUUCGUUUGGAGACGUUGCCUUUCUCUCUAGCCCACAGAACCUUCCACGCCAAAUCGUUACACCGUACAAGCCUUCCGAGGAUCUGGAACAGACGCCGUUGCUUCUUCCUCCGACGCCGACCAGCCCGGAUUCGAUUCAGACGGCUAGUGGCUACUUUUCCGAAACGCUCCAACUUGCCGGCCACCAAUCGUUUAUAAAUGCGGGUGAAAAUAACCAUCAUAUUAUCGACCACCACAGUGGCGGCGCUGGUGGUGCUGGUGGUAAUGCCGUGGACAGCAUGACGACCAGUGCGUUCGAUUUUCGCAACAGUGGGUUUCGGGAUUCGAAUCCGUUUAUCAAUGCGGACGACAACGCGGAUGGCAGUGCCGGUGUCGCAGCAUCGUCAAGGGAUGGACAAAACCAGCACGAAUAUCAUGAAAUAUCCGACGACGAUAUGGUGACCGAGAAGGUAUUUGAUCAAGGACCUUCCCUGAUGGACGAGAUGGAGCACGUGUUCAAGUCGAUGAGCACGAUCUCGGAACAGGGCGUACCGUUGUCACCGGAUGCGGAAAACACCAACAUGCGCAACGAGCUCGCCGAACUGUCCUCGAAGAUGAGCCGCAAAAACAGUUCGUCCACCAGCUCGGGAACGAUCGGCAACAAAAAUGGUGGCAAAUCAAAGGCCAAAAAAACCAGUACCGUCAAACCCAUAUCGAUGAAGGACGAAAAGCUGCUUAAUCAAGUGAUAGAAAUGGCGAAUGAAAUCAGUGCCAAAUCCAUGACUGACCUAGUGACGGAUGCUAGCCAUCAAACGUCAAGCCCCAAACGAAAGUUCAGCUUCCGCUUUCCCCACAUCCACAACGUGGUCGGUGGUGAUGGAAUGCGGGGCGCUUCGCACAGCAAUAUCACCGGCAGCCACUCGAACGCUUCCGGACUGAGCGCUGGCAUGAGUUCCGCUUCUCAUGCGGGUCGUGGUUUGGCACAGGACAAGGAGCACGGUGUAAUGUCGAGUGCCGGAUCACAUCAUCAUCCCCACAGCUCGAAUACGUUGGCGAACUCGUAUCGCGAGAAGCGCAACUUUUCUCAGGAAGUGAACAACGUGCCCGAUCUGCAGCGCUACCGCUCUCUGACGGGAAUAGAACGCUGCCAGUACAGUGAUAUCAAAAUACCGCUCUUUGACAAAGAAACGUCCGACUUUUGCUUUAAGAAAUCGCGCGAACUGUUAAGCAAGCAGCCGUUCCAAUCGUUCACGGCCGACAUUUCCAACGGCGGCGGCAGCAAAACGCUCGACAAAAAGACGCGCGACUUGAUAGGGGAAAAUUUGCUCGACAUCGAGAAAACGCUCAAUGCGCUCAAUCUGGACUUUCUUCAAACGUACCAUGAGCUGGAAAAGGCAGAUUCGGCCGAAACGCUCUUUGUCGAAUGCUACUCCUCGAUGAUGUGCGCGUCGGCGUCACCGUUCCAGAAAAGUCCACCGUCCGGUUCGCUGAUGCGGAACUCGUCGAUCGAGUCGUCCAAUUCACGGGGGGCCAAUUGUGCGCUGAGCGAAAAAGGUUCUUCCGGCUCUUCGUCGCUCACGGGCAAGAGUCCGCCAAGCAUUCAUUUAGCAGGUGGAGGAAACAAUGGCGGCAGUAUGCCAGCUACCGGUCCUGCUGCUGCUGCUGCUGCUGCUGUUGCUGCUGCUGGCGGUGGUGGUAGUGGUGGUCGGUGUUACUCGGAAUUGAACGGAACGUCACCGAAGCCAACGUUGCAACAGGAUCACAACAACAAGUACGGUAUUCGGGACUUCAAGUUCCGCUCGUUCGAUGCCCGUCCGAAGGAACGGUCGGAUUAUUACAACUUCAAGAACGAAUACCUCUCGGAGCUGACGCGCAAGCAGCAAAGCCAGGUGCUUGGGUCGGCUUCGGUUUUGCAGCAAACGGCUGCUGCCGGAAGCAAGCAGCAGCAGCAGCACAAGAUCAGCCAGUUGUACCAAAUCUACAACACGCCCAUGCAGGGUCGAAAGUAUGAAGAUAAUCCAUCGCAGGUCGGUGCGAUCUCCUCCUCCUCCUCGGUCCGCCAGCGGUCGCUGUCGUUCACAGAAAAUUACGAAUUUAAGCCAUCGGUUGUGGCGGCCAACAGUGGCACAAUUGGCAAACCGAAGAACGAUUUCCAACAGCUGCCGGCGCCACCACCGGCCGCCGUGGUGCCGGUGCGUAACGUCAUCACCUACAAACCGAGAAGCAUACGCGCGCGGAACUUGCGCCGGCUCAGCUACAAUCCUAUCAACAUGGUCGACAGCUCGUCGUCUAGCAGCGAGAGCGAGUUCGACCGCAAUCUGGCACAUUCCGAGUGUGACAUACGAACGCGACUCCAUACGACGGCCUCCCGCCGGCGAAGACAUCAGUACAUGACGCGCAAGUCCAACAGCAACAGUGCGAGCAGCCAGGACAAGCUGUACGGCUCGAAUGCCAGCAUCAAGAGUGCUCCGCAGUACAACUACCACAGCGAUCGUCGUCAGUACUAUAAUCAGUUUCAAAAUCCUUCCUAUCCUUACGGGGACGAUUUUGGCGCCGGGGACAAUGACGAAGAAGACGAGAGCAUCUACGACUACGGGCUGCGCCACGCGACGCGACUACAGUCGGAAGGGAAAGGACCUUCGUCCACGUCACACGCCCUAUCGACGAGCGCGGGCACGGUGGCAGCUGUGGCUACGGGCGCCCAAUCGGGCCUGAUGCCGGCCACUUCUCCACCGGCAGGAUCGGUAGCGCUGGUGGGUGGUGGCAAGUUUGCAGUACCCGAACCUCCGACCAACUACACCAACAAAGCGCUCGAAAGGGAAUAUCUGUACUCCGAGUUUGACGUGACGAAGCUGACCGGCAAAAGUCCAACCACGCAAAGCUACUUCCCGACUGCUGGAGCCGCCGCCGCUGGUGCUGCUGCUGGAGGACCGGGCCAACAGCAGCAGCAGCAGCAGCUGCAGCAACAACAAGAUCAGCAAGCUACCAUUAUUCCCGUGACGGCAAAGACGAACCCAUCAACGCCGAACUCGGCGAAAAGCAGCACCGCACUUGGCGUACACUUGCAGGCCCAACCGCAGCCCGGAUUCCAGUGGCCAGAGAAAAUUCACGGCGCUGUGGUUAAGCACAACGAUAUGCUCUGGAGGCAGCAGAGUGCCGUACAGCAGCAACCGGUGGUGCCCAUGUACAAGAGCGUUGGAGCGAAGGACAAGCACGCGUACUCUAGCGAUACGUCCUCCACUGAGACGGAUUCGAUUGAUUUCUUGCGCCCGGUUGAGUGCUUACCCAUCAUGCCACCGUCCCCAGCGCCCACAAUUACGGAGGAGGCACGAAUAGCGUACAAUAGUCUGGUAGAAAACCCAUGCACGUCUGGCGCUACCGGUAGCAGCGGCAGCAGCAGCACCAGCCACAGCAUGUCGGCGGCUGGCGUCGGUCUCGGCGCGGCUGGAUUCGCAUGUUCCACCCUGCCACGGGCCAAACUCACCAACUCGCUAUCGCUUGCAACGGCGAGCUUCCGGUUUAAGGACCUGGACUGCUGCUCUCCACCGUCCGAACCCGCUCCCAAAUCUCCCGAAGAGGCUGAGCUGCUGCUCGGUGAAGUGCCAUCGGGCAAUGGCAACGCGGUGGACGAUUGUAAUCCGCUGCGAAUCAUGCGGAACAAAAACUUUCCCAUUGUGACGCGAUGCAAGUACAAGUCCAACCAGCAACCGGCGUCCUGGGAGGAGCAGCUGGAUACGGCGGCGGCGUCUAAUCAGGCCGAAAGUCCCAGCUACCUGACCAAUCCGGAAUAUACGUACAACAACGCUGCAAUAGCAGCCACACUGCUGGCCACCGACGCAGGGAAGGAAACGACUGACGGGCCAUCAUCGAAUAAUCCCAUCCCUUUGCCACCGCGCGAUCGUAACAAACCGAUACCGGUGAACCAGAAGCGGCACGUCAGAAAGUAUCCGCUCAUCAUACCCGCGGCUGGCGUGCAGCGCACGUUGAACAAGGUGACGCAGAUAACACCGGUGGAGGAGAAGACGGAUGUGUUCGCAAUUCCGGAACCGGUGGCUAAAUCGCCGCAUGCUGCAGCGCCAGACAGCCAAGGUCAGCGCGCGGAUCCGGACGAGUGUAGCAACCUGGACACGAAACUGUUGCACAAAUCGAUGGAAUCGAUGAAGCUGAAUGAACUCGAAGAAUCGCUCACCGAGCUGCCUUUAAAUGCGACGGAACAGAUGGCACUGCAGAAGGGGUUCAGCAAGGAGUUUUUAGACAACAAUUUCCCGACCGUCUCCAGCUCGGACAGUUCGAAAAGUUCGAACGCAAUCAUUACGACCACUCUGCCCGCUACCAUACCGGCCGCCAGUGCCAUUCUCACCCGUCGACGAACUGCGAGUGAUGCGUCCGUGUUGGCCACCUCGUCGGCCGGUGCAAGACGACAACCGCCACCGUCAUUACCGCCAGUGAGCCUGACUCUAGCCGCACCACCGCAGCCGGAACUGCGUGAUCCAACGUACGAGAAUUUGGACAUCUUCCAGACGCACAACAACUUCUGCAUCGACACGGCAUCGCUACACUGUGAAUCCAUACUGGAGAAUGAUGUGGUAGAGUCAUGCCCGAUAGGACGCGGCUCCAUCGACGUGGUCGAUGGGUUCAAAGCAUCCGCUCUCUUUGGCAGUAUUGCUGGUGGUGGCAACGAAAAGCCACAACAGCCCCAACAGCCCCAACAACCGAUCGUGAAAGAGCCCGACAGCGAUCGGAUGGCCGAGUACGUACAAUCUCCACCACCCGCACCUCCGGCCGACGGUGGUUCGCUGAAAAAAUCGAUGAACUUUGUGAGCUGUGAAGAUCUGCUCGAGUUUGCCGAGAAGCCAAAGGGACGCGCCCGGGGACUGGAAUCCGACGAAGUAAGGAUCAUGUCGAAGGUGCUUGGUAAAAAGCCCUCGCCGGCGCAAUGCCUGCUGACGCUGGAGUUCAUCGACUGGGACAUACAUAAGGCAAUCAAGCUUUGCAAGCUACAAACCAUCCUCGACACGUACAACCUCUCGCUGCAGGAGUGCAGCGACGCGCUGCAAAUGUACGACUGGGAUCUGCACACAACGGCCCUCAAGCUGAAGGGUGGCGGCAGCAGCAACAACACCACCAGAUGAACGAUCUGGACCACACGCGCACAAAAUACUCUUUCGAACUCGUAAUGUGUUUACGUUUACUCUUCAUUCUCAUUCGUGAGAAUGUGUCGCUUAAGUUUAGGCAUUUAAGAUGAGUUUGUGUUUUACGUAUUGUACUCCUAACAUAGGCCAUACUUCAGCUACCAACAUUUGUGUACAGUACAUUUGAAUAAAUACAUAACAAAACCUUUCUACCAAACUACGAUCCCUUUUUGAAGGUGAUCGAUAUGCGAAAUUAUGUUUUUCACGGGUAAACAAAUAAAUCAAAAACAGUUGGAUAAAUCCA